AUGAGUCCCAUCUGCAUCAGGGGCGGGAAGGAACACGCUCCCUCGAACAACGACGUUAGCACAUACUUCGGUGACAUCAAGCAUAUCCAGUUUUCCCUGCCCUUUUCUAGCCGACCAUCUGCGUCUAUUAGGAUAUCGAUCCGGGCUUCCUCGGAACCCUCCCGGACGAUGGCGCUCCUCGGAUUGAUUGUCCUCGCCUUUGUGCUGGCUGUUAAUGCAAGCCUGAGUGCAAACUAUCCCGUGAAUGCCCAAUUACCCCCUGUGGCCCGAAAGUCCAAACCGUUCGAGUUUGUCUUCUCUGCGGGCACUUUCGGUGGCGCUGAUGCGAAUACGAAAUACUCACUGGAGGAUGCGCCAUCAUGGCUCAAUGUGGAGAGCAAAGGACGUAUCUUGUCUGGAACCCCUCAAUCGGAAGAUGUUGGAGAGAAGAAGUUCAAGCUCGUCGCAGAUGGUCCAUCUGGGUCUGCGAGCAUGGAAGUGACCUUGGUCGUGAGCCCAGAGGAUGGUCCAAAACCUGGAAAGCCAUUGCUACCGCAACUCGAAAAGUUCUGUCCUACUUCAGCACCCUCAACGAUCUUCGUACGCCCUGGUGACUCGUUCUCGCUAUCGUUCGACUCUGAAACAUUUGCCGACACAAGGAAUUCGACCGUGUAUUAUGGAACGUCCCCGGAAAAUUCGCCGUUGCCGUCCUGGGUUCGAUUUGAUCCUGUCGAUCUACGAUUUUCUGGAACAACACCGAAGGGUGGUCCGCAAAGCUUUACGUUCAACCUGAUCGCAUCUGACGUGCUUGGCUUCAGUGCUGUCACCUACACUUUCGAAAUGGCCGUCCGCCCGCAUAUACUUUCGUUCAAUGACACCCUACAAACAUUUAGUCUGAGCCGAGGCGGCGAAUUCAAGAGUCCUGCGUUCCAUGAGUACCUGACGUUGGAUGGCCGAAUCCCUACGGAGGAGGAUUUGACGGAUAUCUCCGUGGAGGGCCCUGACUGGCUCAGUCUGGAUAACAAGACGCUCAUAUUGAGCGGCACCUCGCCAUCGGACGCGAAGAACGAGAAUGUCACCAUUUCGAUUACGGAUGUCAAUGAAGACGUAGCCAAUAUGAUCGUCAGCCUGCAAUACUCAAAACUGUUUCUCGAUGGCGUUGCGGGGUGUGAUGCGACCAUCGGGGAGGAUUUCUCAUACACAUUUGACGAAUCGAUUUUGACUGACGACUCUGUUGGCCUUGAAGUGAAUUCAGACGAGCGGCUCCCCUCGUGGUUGCACUAUGAUGCGGGGAAGAAAAAGCUCCAUGGCUUUGUCCCGGAAGAUGCUAGUUCUCAGAAAUACACUGUCGACUUGACUGCUACCAAAGGAUUGACUAAGGAUACGCGGAAGUUUACCAUCGACGUUGCGGAAGCGGGCCAGCAUGAUCAUACAAAUACUGACAAAUCCGUGGAAUCCGGGAGCGCGACUGGCACUGGUGGUAAUAAUCACCAGAAAAAAGCCGGAACCAUUGCCAUUGCUGUUAUUAUUCCGUGCGUCUUUGUGGCUAGCGCCAUCUUACUCUUCUUCUGCUGGCGUCGCAAGCGCAAGGGAGGGUCCUCGCACGACGAUGAGGACUUUCAAUCGCAAAAGCCACCAGCAGGUCCAAAUCCUCAGCCAACAUUGCCCAAAUGCCAACCCUUUGAAGACACGAUUUCACAUUCCAUGCCUCCUCCAACCCAGAGCCCUCCUCCACCUUCACCGCCACCGAAAUUGGAGCUGAAGCCAUUUUUUAAUGCAACCACGUUCGAGAAGACAGAUACCUUUGUAACAGAAAAACCGGCUGAGGACGCAACAGCGGACAAGGAGAAUGUCCUGCCACGAUCAACUGUCGGAUGGGAUUUUUCGUCAUUACACGAGCGGCCUGAACAGGGGCAAGAGCCUGAAGACGUGCUGACUCAAGACAAGCGCCGUUCAUUGCAUGCAAGUCUCUCAGUUCAGCGACAGACGAGUCAGUCUAAGAGACGGGAGCCACUCAAGCCCAUCCAAGGCAGGCGAUCGCUAAAACGCAAUUCAGCGGCCUCAUCACGUUCAAAGCGCCUCUCGAAGCGAUCUAGUGGGCUUUCCUCUGUGGCUUCGGGCCUUCCGGUCCGUCUUAGUGGCGCGGGCCAUGGGGCAGGCAGUUUUGGUCCCGCUGGUCGCGGAUCGUGGCAGAACACGUACCCUUCCAUGCAGAGUGAUGAGAGCGGGAUGGGCAAUCUAGCCCCGUUGUUCCCACGACCUCCACCGCGGGCGCGGGAGAGCAUCGAGUAUGCCAGACGGGCAAGCAUGCGCGCGCUAGCGCGAGAGAAUUCGACCAUUUCGGAGUCUGAUUCGCUGGAGGCGUUUGUCCACACUCGCGCGAAGAGUAGGAACUCGACGAACCCAAUGUUCUCGGGGCAGAGCAACCGACGAACGUCCUCAGGAUUCCGGGCAUUAGAACGAAAGCGGAGCACCCUUAGUCGGGCUGAUACAGAAUCAACCGGAAACUUCAGCACCUACGAUCAGCGCCAGUCGCUGCAAGAACGUCCGUACUCGAUGGCGAGGUCCGCCUCGAUCUAUACGAAUGAUAACCGGCAGUCGGCAUACCUACCACCUGCAUCACGCAUGUCGUACAUGCAAGCGUCACCGGCAGCCUAUCCGAGCCAGUCAAGCCUGGCGCAGAACUACCGUGACGUGCUCUCACCGCUCCCACACUUCAUGUCAGAAGCAAGCUUGGCUCAAGGUGGUCGACGACUCGAGGAUGUGGAGGAACAUGAUAGCAUGGUGAACAGUGAAUUACAAUACGGCGGGGGUCAUUAUGGGGAGCAACGACCACCGGCACUGCACCGGCUGUCUUCUUCCUGCUACGAUUGCCGGCGGAUGAGCACAUACACGAAUGAGGAAGAGUUGCCACGGGGUCGAUUUCAGAGAAGCCCAUCAUUGCCGCUGGAUGACCCCCGUGGGCGGCGGAUGAGUAGCCUGUGGUCAGCAGGGGUGGGCAACGAGAAUGAGCCGAGGGGCAUGUCAAGUGAACAAACGUGGCAGACAUUGAGCAUGGAAGACAGCCACGACUUUCCGCGUGACCGGACAGGAAGUUCAUUUGGGGCGUUUUUGUAG